GCGACGGGCUGAAGUCCAGCGCUGAUAGCGGUGCACGGAUCAACACUUUGCUUCUCUCUCUCGCUGCUGUCGGUCACACACUCUCUCAGCAGUAACACUCACUCAUGACCAGGGCUGGACGUAACCAAUAAGCGAGAUGAUGGCGAGGCUGUGGGUUUGUCUCUUCCUGCUGGCGCACUUUCAAACCGAAGCACUUCCUGCCAAAAACAUCCAUCUGCUCGCUCCAGAGGAGCACAAACUCAUCGUGAACCUCGGACAGAAAGAGUUUCCCCGGGACUGUUACGAUCUGUGGCAGAGCUCUGGUGGUCAGGCGCGGGAUGGCCUGUAUCUGAUCCGCCCCGGAGACUCGCCCAUCGCCGUCUACUGCGCCAUGCAGGAGGGCGGCUGGACGGUGGUGCAGCACAUCACGGUCAACAGCAGCGUGGACUUCGACCGCAGCUGGGACGAAUACAAGCACGGCUUCGGAUCCCUGAGCGGGAACCACUGGCUGGGGAACGAGCACCUGCACCGGCUGACCUGCGGUCCGGCCCGGUACAAGCUCGGCAUCAAGCUGGUGGACCAGGACGCCGUGACCAAGACGGGCGAGUAUGAUCCAAUGCUGCUGGAGGACGAGGAGGCACAGUACCGUCUGCGUCUGGGUCUGUUCCAGGGCACUGCGGCCGAUGCUCUGACACUCGACACCGACAACUACCUGCACGAUAACCAGCGCUUCACCACCAAAGACCGCGAUAACGACAACUACCUCCAGAACUGCGCCCGGCUGGAGUUCCAGGGCGUGGCGGGUGGCGGCUGGUGGUACGACGCGUGCGCCGGCGCGAACCUGAACCGCAGGAACGUCAUCUACUGGCAGAAGGACUGCAACAAAGAGCACCUGUGCAAAUACGCCUGGAUGAUGGUGAAGCCCUCAGAGCAGCUCAAAGUGAUUCACUCCGGAGACUGUGUGAGAGACGAACUCUGAUCCACUCCAAAAAAACAGUCCAGUUAUCUUGAAUUAACCCUGCUUCACUCUGCAUCAGGAGAUUUGUGUUUGAGGGAAUAAAAGGAAUAAAAGAAUCUGACUCAAUUAAUAGAGUCAUGAAUCAGUAGAGUCAAUCAAUAGUCAUGAAUCUGUAGAGUCACUCAAUAGAGUCAUGAAUCAGUAGAUCCAUGGAUCAGUAGAGUCAAUUAAUAGAGUCAUGAAUCAAUGGAGUCUAUUAACAGAGUCAUGAAUCAGUGGAGUCAAUCAAUAGAGUCAUGAAUCUGUAGAGUCAGCCAAUAGAGUCAUGAAUCAGUAGAUACAUGGAUCAGUAGAGUCAAUUAAUAGUCGUGAAUCAGUAGAGUCGAUCAAUAGAGUCAUGAAUCAGUAGAGUCACUCAAUAGAGUCAUGAAUCAGUAGAUCCAUGGAUCAGUAGAGUCAAUUAAUAGAGUCAUGAAUCAAUGGAGUCCAUUAACAGAGUCAUGAAUCAGUGGAGUCAAUCAAUAGAGUCAUGAAUCAGUAGAGUCAGCCAAUAGAGUCAUGAAUCAGUAGAUACAUGGAUCAGUAGAGUCAAUUAAUCGUCGUGAAUCAGUAGAGUUGUUCAAUAGUAUCAUGAAUCAGUAGAGUCACUCAAUAGAGUCAUGGAUCAGUAAAGUCAAUUAAUAGAGUCAUGAUUCAAUAGAGUCAAUUAAAAGAGUCAUGAAUCAAUGAAGUCAAUUAACAGAAUCAUGAAUCAGUAGAGUCACUCUUUAAGAGUCAUGAAUCAGUGGACUCAAUUAAUAGCGUUGUGAAUGAAUCCCUCAGAGCAGCUCAAAGUGAUUCACUCCGGAGACCGUGUGAGAGACGAACUCUGAUCCACUCCAAAAAAAAAACAGUCCAGUUAUCUUGAAUUAGCCCUGUUUCACUCUGCAUCAGGAGAUUGUAAUAAAAGGUUGAUUUACACUGCAAAAAAUGAUGUUCUUUCACAGUAUUUUUGUCUUGUUUUCCAGAACAAACGUUCUUAAAUCAUGCACAUUUACUGUAGAUACACAAUGACAGAAGAUAAGAAGAGAAACUGAUCAAAAUGAAUUGAGAUUAUGAUUAAAACAAGAACUGGAGUCAGAAAAAUCAGGGAAACUAAUGUAUUUUUCUGACUCUAAUAUUUGUUCUUGUUUUAAGCCUCAUAAUGCAUUCAUAAUCUGAAGACUAUUUUCACAUUUUGUUUGUACCAGAAGAAUCAUUAUUUUAUAAUUGUCAUAAAGUAAUAUUUGUUUAAAACCAUAAAAACCAUAUUGCAUCUGAUCAGCAUCUCAGAAUGGUUUUUAAUGUUACCAUGUUAUUACUGCAUUUACCUCUUUUUAUUAAUUAAAAAAAAUUGAAUUUCAAAUUUCAAAUUACACAUGAACCACACCAAAAAAUAAAUAAAUAAAUAUGAUGCCAAAUAAAUAUUUGUCCAUAUUUAUGAUAAAUUUAAUUUGAAUGUAUCAUUGUAUGAAACUGUAUGAAGUAGAAUGUAUAAUAUUAUCAGUAUUAACCCCAUUGGAAUGAAUGGAAUUUAAUUAAAUUCCUUUUAUAAAUUAUGAUUGCUCAAAUUCAUUAAACUUACAUAUUUAUUUCGAACAAAACACCAAAACAACAUCAAUAUUACUCUGAAAAGUUUUCAAAUAAAAUAAAUUCAUUUUACUUGCAUGAAAUUUCACUUUCAGAUGAAAAAAGUGCCGAAUUUUUCAUGCUUCAGUGGUUCAUUAAUAAACAUACAUAUUCAUGUUCAUCAUCAAAAUUCAGUCCAAAAAUGAGUGAGAUAUGGGGAAAAGACCAAAUAUAUUUUACAAAAGUUUUUUGACACUAAUUUAACUCCAUAGAAAAUUUUACGGAAGGUAUUUUUGACACUAAUGGUGCUCCAUACAGUACAUACCCGGAUCAAAAUGACUCAAACACAAAAUAUUUUUUAAAUGGUUAUAUCUCUUAAAAUGUAAUAAUAAAAAAUCUGGGGGGAAAGUAUUUUGAGGGUCUUAAAACAUUUGUAAAGUUUCAUUCCCUUACUAAAAACUAUACAUUUUUUAGAAUUUUUUUGCAUCCCUUCUGGGUCAAAACAGAGCCAAAUGCUUUGUGAUGAUUAAGAAUAAACUCUUCAUUUUUAUAUAUUUUUCAGAAAAUAAGCUUCUCAAGUUAAUAUAUCUUGCCUUAAGAAUCUUUAGAUGUUUGUACUGGAAAACAAAACAGAAAUACUGGGAAAGAACAUAGUUUUUGCAGUGUAGUGAUGAAUUAUUAACCCAUUCAACACAUUAGAAUCAAUUAUCUGGAUCAAAUAUUUCAUUUUAUUGAAUAAACAUUAAAUAUCAGAAUUAUUUGUACUGAAGAGUCCGAAGGAUCUCGUGAAACUGAUAUAAAGUCACACAUGGCCACGGGUUACAGGGAAUGAAAGAGCAAUAAAGCUGACGAAAUAGAAAGUUCUGGCAUCUUUGAUCACUUUCAGUGAAUUGUUUCAGUGAGUUGUGAGCACCUAUAGAUGAUAAAAAAAAAUAAAAUAAAAAAUCACACAUCAUUAAAACAGUUUGUUUGACAUCAUCAACACGACAAAUAUCCAGAAUCAUCUUCAGAGUUGUUUCUGAGUCUCCUUCCGUCAGUAAAGCUCCUCUCUGUUCUUAUAAUGGCACAAUAAGGCAUCUUUAGCGGUACAAUCGACAUCAAGCCUUUGAAAUACAACAUUAGCCCUUUAACACUGACAAACAUGAGUAAAAUCAUCUCUGAUGGCUGUUUGUUCUGCACUCAUGAAACAUGUUCCUUCAUCAUAUUCUUAUGAUAUUGAUGUGUGUGUGUUUAUUUCCAUAAAGGAUUGAUGAAGUGAAAACAUCACAGAAUCCAAUGAUGAACUUACAGCGACUCAAACUAUCUUAUUAUUAGUUAUGACAGAGUUAAAGGAAUAAUUUACACCAAAAAAUACUUGUGAAAAUAUUAAAAGGAGGAAUUCACUGCUUGAGGGGUUUUUAAUAAAAAUUGGCUGUAAAAAUGCAAAAAAAAAAAUUUGCUGUACAUUACAUUGCUGUAAUAAUACAAAGCUAGUUGAAAAUCAGCAAAUUCAUCCGUUAAGUGAAUCAUUCCCUCCUCAAAUAUAGUAAAGAUUUGAUUUAAAGGAGCCAUUUUCAUGGUACUUUUGAGACGCGUUCAUGGAGCUUUUUGUCAUUUUUGGACAGUUUUUAAGUUGUUUAAUGUUUCUGAGAGAAGUCUCUCCUGCUCACAGAGGCUGCAUUUAUUUGAU